CAAAGAGGUGUUCCGCUCGGCGGAAAUGACGCAUCAUUGAUUUGAUGUGAAAGGUCACGAAAAUCUUCUCAACUUCCUUUCCUGCUAGCGGUGGCCACAGAAUAGCACCAAGAUGGGCAAGUUCAUGAAACCUGGGAAGGUGGUGAUGGUCCUUGCUGGGCGCUACGCUGGUCGUAAAGCUGUUAUAGUCAAGAACAUUGAUGAUGGCACCUCAGACCGCCCUUAUAGCCAUGCACUGGUCUCGGGCAUUGACCGCUACCCCCGCAAAGUGACCACAACCAUGGGCAAGAAGAAGGUUGCCAAGAGGUCCAAGAUCAAGGCCUUCGUAAAGGUGUACAACUACAAUCACCUCAUGCCAACCAGAUACUCCGUGGACAUUCCCCUGGACAAAACUGUCGUCAACAAGGAUGUCUUCAGAGACCCCGCCCUGAAACGCAAAGCCAGGCGGGAGGCCAAGAUUAAGUUUGAGGAGAGAUACAAGACAGGCAAGAACAAAUGGUUCUUCCAGAAGCUUAGAUUCUAGGCGUUCAUUGGUUUCACUAAUAAAUGUAUAAAAAAAUCUUGA